GAAUCGAUCGCUGGAGCAGUGUAAACGUGAAAGUCUUAUAAAGCUUAGAGAAAAAGAAAAACUACCAAUAUGCAAGCUCAGUUGUUCCUUGUCCUAUUGGCCCUCGGUCUUGGCCAGAUUUCUGCGCUGCCCUCUCCCUCGCUACUCGACCAGCCGAGCACCAACCUGAUGCAGUUCCUCCUGCAGUCCCGGGACUUCAGCAGCGAUGGCUCCCACUCUAUCGAAUGUAUCAGCUACUACCUGCCCCUGAUCGAAGAGGCUGGAAACGUUUACAAGGAGCAGAUUUCGGCCUGUUUGGAGCAGUCUGCUCUGGAGAUCGCCCAGAUCAACGACACCACCAAGGCCGACCGAGAAGCCAUCAACGACUCCGCCACCGACUCCUGCAAUGCCCUCAAGAUCUGCAGUGAGUUCGAAGCCGCCGAGAAUUUCUUCGACUGCUACAGCAAGGCCGGUUCCGACAGCACCAAGUCCAUGUUCACCAUCUCCGCCAACGCCUCUGAAUUGCUGGCCGUGGUUAAAGAAGAGAAGCGUCUCAUCCAGGUCAAUGAAUACGUGUGCACCAACAAGACCCAGAGGACCUACGAAGAGAACUCCGCCAAGCACUACGAGGAUCUGAAGCUCUGCAUGGGUGGUGCCCCCAUUCCCUCUUCGACCACCAGCACUGAGACCCCCUCCACGCAGUCUUCCACUGGUUCUUCUUCUUCUGAUUCCUCUACUGCCUCGUCCUCGACUGAAUCUUCGUCGAGUGAAUCUUCCCCGGCUGAUUCCACGGAAUCCUCAACUGAGUCGUCCUCGAGUGAAUCUUCCCCGUCUGACUCGACGGAAUCCUCAACUGAGUCGUCCUCGUCUGAGUCCAGCACGGCAAGUUCCGGAGACGACAAGGAAGCAGCUCCCGAGGAGGACUUGAAAUCGGAGUCCAGCCAGAACAAGAGUGAUAUGCAGCGCCUUGUGAAAAGCCUGCAGGAGUGGUUCAAGACUCAAUAAGCCACCUUGUUGAAUAUUCCUAAAAUUAGUUAUAAAAGCAGCAAAAAAAAGAAAAAAAAUAAUAUACAUAUAUAUUAUACUAUAAUCGAAAACUAAAAAAAUAUAUGUUUUUAAUUGGA